AUGGAAAGGAUAUUACAGAAGAAGAAAGAAGAAAUGGAAAGAGAGAACAAAUGUUUACGCGACAAACAUGAGAUGGAGAUGGCAGAGAUGAAGAGGAGAAUAGCAGAACAAAGAGAGUUAAUGGAGAGAGAGAGGAAGGUAAAGGAGGAAGAACUCAGAAUCAAAGAAGAGUUCUUGCAAACUGAACUUAAGAGAAGAGAUGAACAAGAAGAGAAGGAGAAGAAAGAAAGACAAAAAGAAGAGGAGCAGAGAAGAAUUGAAGAGAAGACAAAACCGGAACAAUGGGAAAAGGAAUGGCAAAAAAUAGAAGAGAAACGAACAAGAUUAGAAGAUCAACAACAAAAGAGAGACCAGGAAUAUAGAGAGAAGUAUGAGAGAGAGAGGAGAGAACUGGAGGAACUUCACAAAGAGAAACUGAAGAGAAAACAUGAGGAAGGAUACCAGAAGAGACUUAAAGAGGAGAGGAGUGAAUGGGAGCUGAAAGAAAAGAAAAUGAUUGAUGAAUUUGAGCAGGAAAAAAGAGAAAGAGAAGAAAAAGAAAAGAAGAGGAUUAAGAAAGAGCUUAAAGAAAGAGAGAGAAUAGAGAAAGAGUGUGAGAACAGUAAAAUAGAGAUGAGAAAACAGAAAGAAGAAUGGGAAAAAUCAUGGAAGGAGGAGUGGGAUAAAAGAGUGAGAGAGGAGAGGGCAAGGAGGGAAAAAGAGAGAGAGAAACUGAAAAAGCUUGAAGAGGCAUUUGAAAGAGAGCGUAAAGAGGAGGAGGAGAAGAGGAAGAGAGAAGAUAAAGCCAGACGAGAACAGGAAGAGCAACAAAAGAAAGAGAUGGAGGAAGAAUAUCAAAGGAAAUUAAAAGAAAUGAAAAGGAAGUAUGAAGAUGAGGCCAGAAAAUAAGCAGAGGAAUUUUAUGAAUUCAGAGAGAAAUAUACCAAAGACUUUCAGGCUCUCAUGUUAAAGCAUGAUUUAGAGAUGCAGGAGCUGAAGAGAAAGCAUGAAAAAGAGUGUCAUGAGCAUGAAAAAGAGUACAGCGUAUUGAGCGAACUGUCAAAAGAAAAGGAGAAAAAUCUAAAUGAAAAAAUGAAAGAAAUGGAAGCAAAACAUCAAAGAGAAGUUGAUGAGCUGAGGAAGAAGUAUGAGGAUAAAUGUGUUUUACUGUAGGAUACUAAAAUUGCAUCUUAACCAAGUUUAUGCCCUGACCUGAAUAAGACAUACUGUGUUCCAAAAGUUACCACAACGAGAGUAGGACAAUUGGUCAUUACUUCUGAUUAUGCUGUUGGUCUGAAUAUCUGCUGUUGAUCAGAACAACAGCUUUUUUUUCUUGUAUUAAUGUUACUUAACUGUUAUAAAAAUGACUGGUGUUAUAGGAUUAUGAAGUAGUAAUGUAUUUCAUUAAGUAUAAAGUUCAUUUUGAGUAAGACUUGACUAAAUGUAAUGAUUUUUGGAUUAAUUAUUCAGAACCACUGAGUUCUCAUUCACAGAGUUGUUAGACUGAUUCAGACCAAUAGCUUUCAAGAUUUUUUAACUUUUAAGAUUAGUUUACAUUUGUCAGUUUUGUAGAUUUUUUUUUUUUCUUUUUCUUUUUCUCUAAAAAACAACAACAUCUUUUACUUUACAUUUGGUCAUUUCGUGGUCAAAAGCUAGUGACACAUUUAGUCUUUAUUUUAUUUUGUUUUAAUUUUAAGACCACUGUGACAUAUAUUAACAACUCAAAUCUUCAUUUUCUGAGGAAAAAAAAGUCCCCAGUUUUUGAAAGAAGAUUUUUGGACCUUUUUGACAUUUCCUAUGAGCAGCUAGGGGAUUUAAAAAAAACUAGAACCAGGGAACCAGUUUAAUUUUCAUAAAAUUUCUUUUCACAUACCAUGCAGACACAGAUCUCUGGACUGUAGUCUAAUGUGUUUA